AUGCGACAAGCUCUAGAUGCAUGUCCUCGCUUGGAAACGUUCAGAUUUAUCAUCCCAGACGACAGGCGUUUUGGGGGGAUGUUGCCAGACGAUAUUGGGAGCCAACCCCUCGUCACUCCACAAGAUCUGGUGAUCGCGUUGCUGGAGAAGCAUAAAGCAACUCUAAAGACCCUGGAAUUGCACUUCAACAGCCACUACGAUAUGCGCGAUGCGUGGUUCCAAGAAGACAUCGAACUGCACGGCGAAGACUCGUUACACUACGUUUACCCCUCGUUUCGCGAUUUUGAGAUGCUAUCGCACAUAACGAUCCAGUUUGAGAAACUUACGAACCUCUGUCACCUACCAGAGUCGUUGAAAUCUCUGAAGUUGCAGGACUGCUAUUUCAACACCGAAUUGAGCGAAGAUUGCCUUCGUGAUAUGCUACAGCUUAAGGACACAUGGUGUCCGCUGAUCGAACAGCUGUCUCUUCAAGGUUAUAAUUUGUUAGACGCCAUCGACAUGAUACGGGAAGUCGCGAGAUCCUUGGAUUUGCGGAUCUUUGAGUCGCAUGACAAAGGUCUUGUGUCGUUCCCCAACCUCUGA